AUGCGUUUCUCCGUCAUCCUCGCCCUCCUCCCCCUGGCCCUCGCCACCCCCAUCCCGGACAACAGGUCGAGCCGUCAAUCCAACCGGAUCAAGGACAUCGGCAACAAGCAGGCCGACGUGGCCAACCAGGAGGUGGCCGACAUCCAGCGGGCCGAGAGCGCCAUCAAGAACAAGCAGUCGCCCAAGGCGGCCGAGAAGCAGCUGGCAAAGGACCUCAACCACGGCAUCGAGCUCCGUAAGCAGAACCAGAACCUCCUCAAGAAGCUGCCGGGCAAUCCCAAGCGCGACGUCACCGAGCACCAGGAGGAGGAUGGCGACGAGGAGCAGGUGGGCGGUGGCGAGGAGCGGGAGCCGGCCGCCGGCGAGGGCCAGGUCGUCGAGAUCCGCCCCACGCUGCCCGACGUCCAGCGGGAGGUCGAGUCCCCCCAGCCGCGCGACCGUACCCUGAUCCAGUCGCGCGCCAGCAAGAAGCAGGCCAUCGCCACGCAAAACGGCAUCGAGCAGAAGCAGAAGGCCGCCACCAAGUCCGUCAAGAGCCUCAAGGGCACCGCGGCCGAUUCGGCCACGCUCGCAUCCCUCAAGAGCAGCUUCCAGAACGGCAACGCCAAGCUCUCCGCUUUUACUGGUCAGGUUCCCGGUCGCAAAUAG